CGGAGAGCGCCAAGGGCCAAUAAUUAGCCAGAACUCCUCCUCUUCCAACGGCUCUUCCUCUCCACCCCGGCAGCGGUGCCCGGAUGUUCCCGACUCCCUGUGCUGCUGCUGCUGAUAGAGAAGCUGACGGAUCUAUAAUGGCUGCCCCGUCCUGAGAGCAGAGAGAGACCGGACCUGCCCGUGGGGCGGCAGCUGCAGCCGGAGGGGGUUCCCAUUGGGCUGGGAGAUACCAUUGGCACGGCGGGGGGGGGUUGAACUGGGGACAUGGCCCAUAUGAAGCGGAGCCGGGAGCAGGCUUGGCCGGAGGAGAAUGGGGACCGGGAGCACGGGCUGUACAGUUUGCACCGUAUGUUUGACAUUGUGGGGACUCACCUGACGCACAGGGACGUGCGGGUUCUCUCCUUCCUGUUUGUGGAUGUUAUUGAUGACUAUGAGAGGGGAAUGAUUCGCAGUGGGCGGGACUUCUUGUUGGCUUUGGAGAGGCAGGGCCGCUGCGACGAGACCAACUUCCGACAGGUCCUUCAGCUCCUGCGGAUCAUCACGCGGCACGACCUGCUGCCCUACGUCACGCUGAAACGCAGGAGGGCGGUGUGUCCCGACCUGGUGGACAAAUACCUGGAAGAGACGUCUAUUCACUACGUGACGCCGCGGGGGCACAGCAGCACCGAGGCCGAGACCGACCACCCGCGUACGCCAGCACCCCCUCACCACCCCGUCGUCUGCUCUUCCCCCUCCGGACCUCAGAUCUGCACAAAGCGACCCGUCCGGGGCCGACCCCCGCUCAGCAGCCAACGGAAAAGAAGGAAGUCCGCCACCCCUGAUCCCAAGGAAAAACAGACCUGUGAUAUCCGGCUGCGAGUGCGCGCAGAGUACUGUCAGCACGAGACCGCCCUGCAGGGAAACGUCUUCUCCAACAAGCAGGACCCCCUGGAGCGCCAGUUCGAGCGCUUCAACCAGGCCAACACCAUCCUGAAGUCCCGCGACCUGGGCUCCAUCAUCUGCGACAUCAAGUUCUCCGAGCUCACCUACCUGGACGCCUUCUGGCGCGACUACAUCAACGGCUCCUUACUGGAGGCCCUCAAGGGCGUCUUCAUCACAGACUCGCUCAAGCAGGCCGUGGGCCACGAGGCCAUCAAACUGCUGGUCAACGUGGACGAGGAAGACUACGAGGUGGGCCGGCAGAAACUGCUACGGAACUUAAUGGUGCAGUCGUCUCUGUGAGGCCCGAGCACCCAAUCAUGAGGCUGCGUUUACUGCGCAGGGAUAACCCCGCCCCCCCCUCUCUCUCUAACGCCACCGCCCACUGGGGGUUAACUUUGCUUAGUAAAUGGUGCUCUUAACUAUGAAUUCACCCCUCCCCCCACCAUUAUUUUUGACUUUUUUUUUUUUUUUUUUUUUUGAUAAAUAACUAAAAAAGGAAAAAAAAUACAAAUCUAUGAAUAUAUGGAAGGGUUAGCACUGUGCUGCUUCCGAGCCCGCCAGGAGCCGCCGCCCACGCUGUUAAUAGGCUCCGCCCACAUUAUUACGAGUAUAUAUAUUUAUGUACAGAUAUAUAGAUAUAUAUAUAUAGAGAUCCAUAUGGAACCUUCUCACCAGAAAUGGCAGUCCGGCUCUGUGUCCCGUCCCCCCCGGUCCCCCGAUAUAAUGUUUCCCCCCGACAUUCAUUGUGUGACUUAGGAAGUUUUUUUUUUUUUUUUCUUUGUUGUGCGUAAUUUAUGAAUAACGGACGAUAUCCGCGACGGUUCCGCCCCCCCAAAACAGCGGCCCUUACAAACACCCCCCCCCCCCCCCCCCAGUCACUUUAGGUUUUUGCGGCUUAUGGUCACGUGACUCUUCCACGGGGAGAAAAAAAAAGAAAAAAGUUACGGAAACACGUAGGAGUGAUAAUGUUGCCUUAAGCCCCUCCCCCUCGGUCUGUUCGUAUUUAUCUCCGACCCGAAGAAAAGUUUACAUUGGUCAUUGUUUUUUUUUGUUCCACAUAUUGUAACGUUUACCUCAGUCCUUGGCCUAAAGGGGAAGUUCACCUGUAAAGUAACGAAUACGAUGUUCAUUUUUUUUUAUAGUUUUUGGAAAAAAUUUUGGGGUCCCCGACCCCAGUCGCCCACAAAACGAUCGCUCUUUGAGACUAUUUUCCCUAUUGUACUACUCUUUUUAUUAUUUUGGCCCUCCCCUAUUCAUCCGGCUGCCUGGUUGCUAUGGUAAAUUGCUCCUUAGUAACCAGAGAGCCCAUUUCAUAAUUAAAAAAAAAAAA